AUGAGUGCCGACGCCCCCACCCAAACCCAAGCCUCCGCCACCAAACCUCCCGAAACCCAAACCCAAACCCAAACCGUCGAAACAAAACAUGAAGAAUCCCAAUCUGCAUCUCCUCCUCACACCGCCGAUUAUGCUCCAUACCCUAAACUGGACCCAGACGACGUCGUGCCACCUCCUCUUCAACAGCAAGAAGCACCCCUCAAUACUGAAUCUCGUGCCCCAAUCUCCGGCGAUGCUGCUACUACCAUGCCCAAAGACUCCAAUCCCUAUGUCACUCCUGCUCCCGUUGCCGCUUCCUCUUCCAAGAGGAAUGAGCAGCUAGCUAACUCGAAAGAUGCAGUUAAUGCAGUCAUAACUACACCCGGAACCCAGUUUGGAAAAUCUGAAGCAACUGCCAAUUGUGAUUGA